UAAUCACUUCCCAAUUUAAACCUAUUCUGAUUUCAACUUUAUCUGUCUUUUCUUUGUUUCCAUCAUGGCGGCACUUACUUCUUCUCUACAUUUCUCUGCUUCAGGUCAUUCUUCGGAGAAAGUCUCUGUUCCUUCUACUCGUUCUUUCGCUUCCAAUUUCGACAGUUUUCGAGUUCGUACAAAUUUUUCUUGCGAGUAUUUCGGCGUUCGAAGUUCGAAUUCCACUUCCCGAAUGGUUAUUAAGUCCAUGUCUACAGUAUCAGAUAUGCCCACUGUUUCUGAAACAAAGUUGAAUUUCUUGAUGGCUUAUAAACGACCAAUUCCGAGUAUCUACAACACUGUGCUGCAGGAGCUGAUUGUCCAGCAGCAUCUGAUGAGGUACAAGAGGACGCAUCGUUAUGAUGCUGUCUUUGCCCUUGGUUUUGUUACCGUGUUUGAUCAACUUAUGGAAGGCUACCCAAGUGAUGAAGAUCGAGAGGCCAUCUUCCAGGCAUAUAUCAAUGCAUUAAAGGAGGACCCUGAUCAAUACAGAAACGAUGCAAAAAAGUUGGAGGAAUGGGCCCGUGCACAAAAUGCUAGCUCAUUAAUUAAUUUUUCAUCAAGCGAAGGGGAAGUUGAAGGUCUUCUGAAAGAUAUUGCAGCGAGAGCUGGGGGUGAGGGGAGUUUCAGCUACAGUCGUUUCUUUGCUAUUGGGCUGUUUCGGCUUCUUGAGCUGGCAAAUGCUUCUGAACCCACAAUUUUAGAACAACUUUGUGCUGCAUUAAACAUAAACAAGAGAAGUGUAGAUCGGGACCUUGAUGUAUACCGCAAUCUGCUGUCUAAGCUGGUUCAAGCAAAAGAACUACUCAAGGAAUAUGUUGACAGGGAGAAGAAGAAAAUGGCGGAAAGGGAACAAUCUCAAAAGGCUAAUGAGGCAGUUACAAAAUGCUUGGCGGACUACCAAUAUGCAGAUCUUUAGGGCAAAAGCUUAUAUUGUGGUCACAGCUGAAAACUCCCCUUCCCAUCAAGCAUCAAUCCCAUAAUUUCUUGUUUAUUUUGAGGUAGAGUUGAAACUUCCAAGGCUGAGAUUACUUGCAGCAAAUGUGGCUUUCAUUCAGUUUUACUAUUUUGGAUCCUGCUGACCAGUAUAAAUUGUCCAAAAUUCCAUGUUUUAAAUUACUUAAACUAUGUACAAUGAUCAUAGCCAGAUUCUCUCUC